AUGUUUGAUUGUUCUGAGCCGAAUUCUUUUUUUUUUUNAAUUCCUCUUUCCAGAAAGGGUUCAGAUUCUGUAACUGCACUGUUACGAUGGCCAACUGCCCCAUCUGGGAUGGAGAUGCCGCUGGUAGAGGUGCGCAAGUAUGGUGUAUGGCUAUUAGCUAAGAAUGUAGAUCAGUACAUUCACAGGGUAUUGGUGGAAGAAGAUGCAAACAGUCAUGAAGAAAGAGCGGAUGAAUUGUUCCGGAUUUCAGCUGGUGCUGAAAAGAAACUUUAUGAGAAGGGUGACUUUAUAGCAUCAAAAAUUUCAAGCUUAGAUACUUAUAUAUUGAAAAAGGUUGGCUUGUUUCCAGACGUACUGGAGCGCAGAGUUAAGCAGCAUUUUGACAAUGGAGACGAUAUUUCAGCUUUGGUGACGGGAGAAUUUUAUACGAAGAAGGAGCAUUUUCCAGGAUUUGCGCGGCCUUUUGUCUUUAAUGCUGAAAUUCUGCUGAAGGUUGGGCGCAGUGUAGAGGCUAAAGAUGCUGCUAGGGGGGCUUUAAAAUCACCAUGGUGGACUUUGGGUUGCGAGUACCAUGAAGUUGCUAACAUUGCCGAAUGGGAAGAUGAACAAAUCGAGUACAUCAAAGAGAAAGUAACUGAGGAGGGUAGGCAAGCUGAUCUAAAGAAAGGGAAGGAACCUGCUCAGGUUGCAUUGGAUGAAGCUGCUUUCUUGUUGGAUCUAGCUUCUAUUGACGGUAAAUGGGACGAUUGCGUGGAAAGGAUUGCUGAAUGUUACAAGGAGGCAGGGCUGCAUGAUGUUGCCAACUUUGUGGUUUACAGAGACUGAAUUACCAGUAACUUUGUUGAAUACUAGACGUGUUAUACGAGAGACUUCCUACGAUUCCUAGUUUGUAUUGGCCUAUUCAGUUUUGACUCUAGUGCUGUGUAUUCUAAUUCUUUGCAGUAUAACAAGAAGACACUUUACAGCAAUCCUUUUAAAUGCACCGCCA